AUGCCGAAUGAUGCACCAAACCAGGCAGACAUUCCACCAAUCGUAUGCGAAUUUCCGAAACAACUCCUCUCCCAUUGGUUGGAGCACAACUUUCUCAGAACGCAUGCGCAUGGUCGGCUCAGGUUGACUUUGUGCUUAGCACAGAGGCUUCGGAAGAGAGAAGGGGAUCAUGGUAUCGGUGUACCGAUGAUCAUGCUGAUUCCGGAUGGACCUGGUAACGUGGGGAAUAGCAGAACCUACGCCCGACGAGACGCCAUUGCGAGUCGGGGUACGCACUACUCUGCCUUCGACCAGCUUGUGGAUACCAUCUGUACUGGUCUCCUGAUUAAAACUGUGUACAUAGUCUGUCUCACCACCCUCACUAUGUCCCUCAUCAUUGAGUGCAUCCUCAUCAACCUCGUUAUCCUGCCGUACCUACAUGAGUCGUACUUUGAGGAGGCCACCUGCUACCUCCACUACAUUGAGCCCAACAUGCCCAUGCUCAAGUGCGAGAACAAAUGCUCAAAAGACCGAUCCCAGUUCCCCUGCCUUAAAGUGCACGUUUGGUACGAGUGGGAAAAUCGAAAUCACAGUGCCAAGCUUUUCGAUACCAUUGGAACACACGAAAAUUACAAAAAAUACGGGUGCGUUACAUCCACCUGUUAUCGUCGACCGGAAGACAAUAGAUACGUGGUUGAUCUCUUUCGAAUGCGUCUGCUCUCGCGCACCAAGUUCCGCUGCUUUGUGUCAAGCAAGUACCGAAGCCGUGAGGCGUUGUUGGACAAAUUCCACCGACCUCAAACCAUCUUUCAUUCAGCCUUCUGGCCAAGUCUAAUUUUCUUUGUCUCCCUCGUCCUCCUCCUCAUGACCCUCUUCUUCCAUCGUUACCGAUCGUGGAAGCAUCACAGUAUACUUCUAGAAUAG